AUGGCUCUGAAAGCUCUUGUCGGUCAAAAGAUUAUGAAUGAGGUGAUCCGCUAUCGCGGACCAAAAGGCAAGGAGUCUCAACGCAUAGAAUGGCGGAUCCUUAUAGUGGACCAACUCUCAAUGCGCAUGGUAUCUGCGUGCUGCAAAAUGCACGACAUCUCGGCAGAAGGAAUUACUUUGGUUGAGGAUAUCCAUAAGAAAAGAGAACCACUAUGCACCAUGGAUGGGAUCUACCUCAUCACGCCAUCAGAGAAGUCUGUACAUGCACUAAUCAAUGACUUCUCGGUCGGUAACCGAAUCAUGUACAAGGCGGCACAUGUCUUCUUUACAGAAGCUUGUCCCGAUGUCCUCUUUGACACAUUAUCGCGUAGUCGUGUAGCUAAAUUUAUUCAAACUUUAAAGGAAAUCAACAUUGCUUUCAUACCAUAUGAACAACAGGUUUUAUGCCCAGAGGAACUGUUCAAUGAACUGUGCAAAUCAACAGCCGCCAGAAAAAUUAAAACUUUGAAGGAGAUUAAUAUUGCCUUCCUACCAUAUGAGAGUCAGGUGUUCUCACUGGAUUCGUCAGAAACCUUCCAGUGCAUGUACAAUCCUGCCCUUGCACAAACACGUAACGCUAACAUGGAGCGUAUCGCGGAACAAAUUGCGACCUUAUGUGCUACUCUGGGAGAAUAUCCUUCUGUACGGUAUCGAAGUGAUUGGGAACGUAACGUAGAGCUUGCACAACUUAUCCAGCAAAAGCUUGAUGCCUAUAAGGCCGAUGAACCGACCAUGGGUGAAGGACCAGAGAAAGCGCGUUCGCAACUAUUAGUGCUAGAUCGUGGGUUUGACUGCGUCUCGCCGCUCUUGCACGAGCUCACUUUGCAAGCUAUGGCCUAUGACUUGUUACCGAUUGAGAACGACGUCUACAGAUAUGAAGCGUCACAGGGGCAGGUGAAAGAAGUAUUGUUGGAUGAAAAUGACGAGCUGUGGGUGGAACUCCGCCACCAGCACAUUGCGGUUGUAUCCACAUCAGUUACUAAGAACCUGAAGAAAUUCACAGAGUCCAAGCGCAUGGGUGGAGGUGACAAGCAAUCAAUGCGAGACUUAUCUCAAAUGAUUAAGAAAAUGCCGCAGUAUCAAAAGGAACUUUCUAAGUAUGCUACUCACUUGCGUCUCGCCGAAGAUUGCAUGAAAGCAUACCAGGGUUAUGUUGACAAACUAUGCAAGGUGGAACAGGAUCUGGCUAUGGGAACUGAUGCAGAAGGAGAAAAAAUUAAGGAUCAUAUGAGAAGCAUUGUACCUGUGUUGCUGGAUCAGACGGUGACAAACUACAAUAAAAUGCGUAUCAUCGCUUUGUACAUCAUGUCGAAAAACGGUAUAUCUGAAGAAAAUUUGAAUAAACUAGUUACUCACGCUCAACUCGAGCCAUCCGACAAACAGGCGCUUUUGAACCUCGCGAAUUUGGGCCUCAAUGUUGUUAUUGAUGGUAACAGGAAAAAGCAAUAUCAAGUUCCAAGAAAGGAGCGUAUCACAGAACAGACUUAUCAGAUGUCUCGGUGGACUCCAGUUAUCAAGGAUAUAAUGGAAGAUGCAAUCGACGAUAAAUUAGACCAACGUCACUUUCCAUUCUUGGCCGGCCGCGCCCAAACUUCUGGAUACCAGGCACCCACCAGCGUUCGCUAUGGCCAUUGGCACAAGGAUAAGGCUCAGCAGACCAUAAAGAAUGUUCCACGACUCAUCGUUUUUGUGGUUGGAGGUAUAUGUUUCUCGGAGAUUCGCUGUGCGUACGAGGUGACUGCUGCCCUUAAGAACUGGGAGGUUAUUAUUGGGUCUUCACAUAUCUUGACACCGGACACUUUCAUCUCAGACCUCAGCUCUCUUACAGCCUAA